AGGCCGGCCACCAACGAACAGAGGCACCAAAAAAUGGGGAGCGGCAAAGAGAAGAAGAAGCAGCAGCACCACCAAAAGAAGAAGCGAUUUCCCUUGCAACCCAAAAAAGUAGUGAAUAACAAAAGGAAGAAGGAAAAAGUGAAGAAGACGAGAAGCAGCAGCAACAAUGGCGAAUCUAUUGAAAAUGCGAAAUCCAAAAUUAAAGUAAAAGACACCAAGUUAAACGAUAUUGUUCGUUUUCCUACAGCAGCGCAGCAGCUGGAGUUUUUUCAUGAACAGUAUCAAUCAGCUAAUAGGAUUCAGCUUUCUUCACUCGAACUCGAUUCCUUUACAGAGACAUGCAUGCUUGAGCUCAAUCCUGAUCACGCUCAAAUUAGUAGUGCAUUGGCUGACCAUAUGAAGGUUGCUUUUGGACCAUCAUGGAAAGAGAAUCUAUGUGAAAAGGAGAUCGAUGAGAAAAUUGAUCCAGGGCAACCUGCACUUCUGGUUAUUAGCUUAUCUGCCUUGCGUUCGUUGGACCUUCUCAG